GUUUGUACGAAAUCCUUUGUUAUUAAUAAUAAAAUGUAAAUAAAGUGAUUAAGUUGAUUUGGUAAAAUAGAAGAGUAAAGAAAGAAACUGCGUUCAAUUACUCGAAAAAUUUCUUUUUUCUUUAGUUUUUUAGUAGAUGGAAGGGUAAAGUAUAAGUGAAAGAAGCCAUAAAAACGCUUUCUGCAACCCUUACCGAAAUAGUAAAAGUAGAGCAGAUAAUAGAAUUUUACGCGAUGGAACGCGGGCUAUUGAUGAGCUGUAGACAAAUCAAUAUACAUUAAUAAACUUUGAAAUUAGAUGAUGGAUGCUGUUUGUUGCACAGAACACGACAGCAGCAAAAAGGGGCAAUGAAGGAGGAUGAAGAGAGAAGAUGAAGUACAUUUACCCUCUCGUCCUAAUCGGGCAACUUCUAACUUACUUUCGUGACGGAGUGACCCUUUCGGACGAGAAGAAAUUAAUUAAAGAUUUAUUAAAAAAGUACUCGGAAGCCGGUAAAGUGGGUCGACCCGUCCAAAACACAAGUCAUACAAUAUCGGUGACAUAUGGAUUAGCGUUAAUUCAGUUAUUGGAUUUGGACGAGAAGAAUCAGAUCUUAACGACAAAUUGCUGGUCUAGAUACACAUGGUACGACAUAUUUCUUAAAUGGGAUCCAAAGGAGUAUAACGGCGUUGAAACAGUACGAAUUCCUUCAUCUGAUAUAUGGACACCUGAUAUAGUCUUAUACAACUACGCUGAUACCCGUCUGCGAGAACACCGUGACGCCUUUGUUGUCGUUUCUAGCACAGGUGGAAUCCUUUGGAUACCGCCCGCUAUUUAUAAAUCGUCCUGUGUAAUAGACAUAACCUACUUCCCAUUCGAUAGACAAACUUGUUGGAUGAAAUUCGGAAGUUGGACAUAUGACGGUUGGAAAUUAAAUAUAUCGUUCUAUAGUGAUUUGGAUGAAAUCGAUUUGAACGAUUAUAUACCGUCCAAUGAAUGGGAUGUUUUGAGCCACCGUGCCAAAAGAAAUGUUCGUUAUUAUCCGUGUUGUAAAGAACCGUAUCCGGAUUUAACGUUCAUUAUGGAACUUCAAAGAAAAGUGGCGUUUUAUAAUUACAUUCUAAUUUUACCCUGCGUACUGUUAUCAACACUUACUCUCGUCCUAUUUUGGUUACCGCCAGAAUCCCCUGCUAAAAUGGUGCUGGGUAUGAACAUAUUCGUUGCAUUCUUCGUCCUGCUUUUACUGUUAGCAGAAUCUACUCCUCCAGCUGCUUCUUCCAUUCCACUUAUAGGUGCAUACUACUGCCUCAACAUGAUAAUGAUAACACUAUCAACUUUCCUCUCUGUUAUCGUUAUAAAUCUAUACUUCCGAGGUGAUAAACGAAACCGCGUACCGCAAUGGUUAAAAAGGUUAAUGAUCGACAUAUUAGCGCGAAUCAUGUGUAUGCGUGGUGAAUUAGUAUCGGAAGAUGCACCGAAGAACCAGUCUAAGACUCCAGAAACGGUUCAUACUGUUAAAAUUGAUAAAAAAACUAAACGAAAAGUUAAGUGUCCUGAAAUGAAAUAUAACAAAUUUCAAAUGUAUGAACUGAAAGAAGGAUGCCCAAGUGGACUGUUGUCGAAUCAUAAUUCAACAUCAGCUCCAUCUAGAGGACAUUAUCAAGAGCAAGAUAGAUCUUGUUUUCAAGGACAAUCUGGUGUGGAGGCUGAUGUUAAGGAAAUUCGAAAGUAUUUAAAACAGAUGCUAUAUCGAAUACAGCAAAAAGAGGAAAAAGGCAAAAUUGCAUUGGAAUGGAGGAUUGUCGCCAUGGUACUCGAUCGGUUCUUCUUUUUUAUGUACUUGAUCGCUAUCGUUAUUUCGUUGGUGACCAUUUUCCCGAAGACUGCUUAAAUGUACGAUUCUUUUAUAUUACACAUUCAGGCUGAUUCGAACUGUAUUUUUCUUUAAUAAUUAUUAACACUAUAGGCUUAAUUAUAUUGAAUAUUUGUUAUUCAGGUAAAUUACACACACUUAUACAUAUGUAAAUGUAAAAUAACUUUUUGUUGGAUCUUUGGUUCUUUUCUUGCUUUAUGUUUUAACUUAAUUCAGUUUUUUUAUAUAAACCUGCAGUAUCACUUGCAUGUGAUUUGACCAGUUUUUUUCUCAACAGUUUUAAAAUAGGAGUUUCGGCAAUAAAAUUUUUUAAAGACAUUCCAA